UUGGAGUGUAAAUGGAGGACUUUAUAUUAGGACCUUUGAGCCAAGACCCAUACAGGCGAAGUAAAGAGUUCAUGGGCUCUUUCUUAGGUUGUAUUGUGACAUGACCUUGGUAACGAUUUGGAGAUCACAAAGACAUCAGAAGAAAUGAAUGAAGACUUUUACUUCGAGAAUGAGGAUGCAUGAUCAAAGGAAAGUCAUGUAGCUUCUAAAAUAUUAUCUCUCAAGAAAAAAUCCGAACUAGAAGCAGACAGAAUGUCAAUGGCAAUGCUGAAAUACUUGGCUACAAAGGAUGAUAUGAGCCCUCAAGCGAGGAAGGCAAGGGAGAACUCAGCACCUCUCCUAAUCAGAAUGAUGAGGCAAAUAAAGUUCUUCUCCCAAAGAGAUAUUGAUGAACAAGAUUAUAUGCUAUUCGGUAAGUUGUUACCCAGCUUAGCUAAUCUUUUAGUUGAAUGAAUGUAAGCAUUUUGAUAGUAU